CGUGUAUCGCUGGCGUUUUUUCAGCCGCUGUGAAAAAGCAAAAAGUCGAGAAAUGCAAAGAAAUGCUCUUCAAAAUCUAAGAUUUUCUUUAUAAUUUAUUCAAAAUGUUUAAAAAGUUUCAGCACAAAGAAAAUGUAUCUGGAGUAACACAAGUUAAAUCAUCAGUACAAAGAGGAAUUAAAGCGAAAAUUGUUGAGCAGUAUCCACCAAUUGCAGACUAUAUCAAUCAAAUACUUCCCAAGAAAGAUCCUAUGGUUGUUGUGAAGUGUCAUGAACAUAUAGAAAUUCUAGCUGUCAAUCAAGAAUUAUUAUUCUUCCGACAAAGAGAUGGAAGCUAUUAUCCAACUUUGAGGUUACUGCAUCAGUAUCCMUUCAUGUUACCGCAUGAGCAAGUAGACAGAGGUGCAAUUAGGUUUAUUCUUAGUGGAGCAAACAUUAUGUGCCCAGGAUUGACAUCGCCUGGUGCAAAAAUGAUCUCUCAACCUAAAGAUGCCAUAGUUGCCAUUAUGGCAGAAGGUAAAGAACAUGCCCUUGCAAUUGGAGUAUUAAAGAUGUCGACCAAUGACAUAGCGUCAGUCAAUAAAGGUAUUGGAGUUGAGAAUAUUCACUAUCUUAAUGAUGGUUUAUGGCAAAUGAAACAACUGGAAAAAUAAGCAGCUUUUACUACAGACCAAAGUGCAGGGUACUCAAUUUGAUCUAAAAAAACUGAAAUAAUAAUAUUACUGAAGAUUGUUUUUAUCUGUCAAUUGUUUUUCAUCUGGAUUUCUUGGAACCRAACCUUUAUGUUAAAUAUUUGUCAAGAAGUUAUUUUGUUCAACUUUGAGGAUUUCAUAAUAUGAAUGCUUUCRAUCGAAUUUCUUUUGUUUCGGGUUUCCUGUACCYACAGGAAGCCCGAAACAACAGGCUACGAGGAAUACCAACAAGGAACCCAAACUUUUGAAGUCAUGUGAAUAUAACGGCUUAUUAUUUUCAGUCAAACCAACAAAUAAACAAUCAAGGGCUUUUGAGCUCAUCGUUAAUCUGUGAAACUUAACUAAAUUAAAAAAGAACGCUAAAACAAUUAUUGUUAAAUUACAAAGUCAAUUCACAGCGUAAUAUAACCAUAAAUUCAAUAAAAAUAAACAGUCAGUCGUGAGA